GAAUGAAUGCGAUUAUUUAGCCUAAUGUUUUUCUAAGAACACAAUUUAGAGUUCGGAUUUGGUUGAUUGUUGGAUUGAAUUCAACGAUUCCAGAGAUUCGUGAGAGAGUACUCUCUUCGAUAAUCAUUUUCAAUUCAAACACAAACCAUCUACCAUUCAUAAAACUCAACUAAUUCUGUUCAUAUUAAUCAAUCGUACUCUCAAAUCUCAGAUCUGUCGAGUUGCUCGUGAUACACCUCCAAUUCUCCGAUUUCUUGUGAUUUUUGUUUAACCCAAUUGUGCAGAGUCGAAGAAUGAACUUCAACUCUUUCUUUUUCGAGUAACAGAAGGGGUUUCUUGCUGGGGUUUGAUGAUUGAAUAUGUAAAUGGCGCAGCACAGGCAGUCGGGGACGGAAAGGUAUGGACCACGCUCACAUGAUGCGCUUCAUUCUACCAACAAUGGCGCUUCCGAUCACGUUGCGGUUGGAAUUCGGUCUACGGCUUAUAAGCAGGCUAGGGCUCGUAGAGCUGCUCGGUCCGAUAAGGGUAGAGGGAUCUCCGUUGGGGCGAUUGUCUUUGUUCUCUCGCUUGUUCUUGUCGUCACCGUUUUAGCUUAUUACUAUUUAUUGAGAGACACCAAAGAGAUUAGUAACUCCAACGUUGAGGAUGAUGCCUUAAAGAACGACCCUGAUUUCCUUGCAAAUGUUACUCGGACAGAGACAACCAAAGUCAGGUUUGGUAAUGGUUUAGUUAAGCAUGGGCGUGAUUCAAGGUAUUGGGAUGGGGAUGAUAGGAGAAGGGACCAAGAUUACAAUGAGGAUGUGGUGGACCAUAUGGCUACUAUCAAUAAGGCUACUGGAAAGGGUGAUGUUCCAGUGAAAGUGAGUGAGGACCAAAGAGAAUCAUCUCUUGAACAGUCUCAAAACAGUUUAGAUAGGAAAGACACUGGACUGUAUAAUGAAGCUGGUCGUAAGGAGCUGAGGAAGUAUGAAGCUGAAUAUGAAGCUUCAGUCAAAACCUCGGGUCAAUUGGAAAAAGAAGGAAAUGAAGACAACCAGGUAUCUGAUGAAGAUGAUUCAGAAAAUUGGAAUGACACUAUUGAUACAGAUGAUGAGUAUGAAAAUGGAAGUGAUAGUAAAAAUCAUGCUAUGGAAGAAGAUGAUGAUACAGAGCGUGAGAAAGGGGACCAUUCUGAUUCAACAAGCUUGACAGAGGAAGAUUCUGGCAAAUCAGUUAAUUUUGUUGAAAAUGAAAACCCCCACAAUGAUGACAAUGGGAAAUCCCUCAACGUGGAUGAUGGAGAAACCAAGUAUCAGCAAGAGGAUGAGAAUGUUGAGACUUCCAACCAUUCACUUGAUGAGGAUUAUACGUCAAGUUCCCAGCAUGUUGAUAAGGCUAAUCAAAACUCUAAACAUGUCAGUGUCACUAAUAGUCAGCAUACAAAGAGGUCAAAAUUGGAUCCGAGAAAGAAGCCAAAGCAUCGAAAAUUUUCAGGUUCAUCAUGUGAGAUGAAGUUCUUGAACUCUACUGCACAAAUUCUUGAACCUAUAGAAAAUAAAAAAUUUGUUAGAUUCACCUUGCAAUACACUGACACAGAACAAGAUCCAAGUAACCAAGAAAAAUGGAUGCCUAGAUUUGCAGGGCAUCAAACUCUGCAAGAACGAGAGACAUCAUUUUAUGCUCAGGAUCAAAAGAUAAAUUGUGGCUUUGUGAAAGGUCCUAAAACUUUCUCAAGUACAGGUUUUGAUCUGACAGAAGAUGAUUCCAAUUAUGUCAGUAGAUGUCACAUUGCUGUGGUCUCCUGUAUUUUUGGGAAUUCGGACCACCUGAGGUCACCUACUGGGAAAACGGUUACUCGUUUCUCAAGAAAAAAUGUCUGCUUUGUCAUGUUUAUGGAUGAAGUUACCUUGGAGACUCUUUCAUCGGAAGGUCAAACAGUGGACAGAAUGGGUUUUAUUGGCCUAUGGAAGAUUGUUGUGGUUAAAAAUUUACCGUACACUGAUAUGAGAAGAGUUGGGAAAAUACCAAAAUUAUUGCCACAUCGAAUUUUUCCUUCGGCAAGGUAUUCAAUCUGGUUGGAUAGUAAGUUACGGCUUCAAUAUGACCCUCUGCUAAUUUUGGAAUACUUCUUGUGGCGAAAGGGUUAUGAAUUUGCAAUUUCAAAUCACUACGACAGACAUUGUGUAUGGGAAGAGGUGGCUCAGAAUAAGAGAUUAAACAAGUAUAACCAUACUAUCAUAGAUCAACAAUUUUCCUUUUACCAAGCUGAUGGAUUGAAGAGGUUUAAUGCAUCAGACGUAAAUAAGCUUCUUCCCAGCAAUGUGCCUGAAGGAUCUUUCAUCAUUAGAGCUCACACUCCAAUGUCUAAUCUGUUCUCUUGUCUUUGGUUCAAUGAAGUCGACAAAUUUACACCUCGAGAUCAACUAAGCUUUGCAUACACAUACCAAAAAUUAAAAAGGAUGAAUCCUGGAAAGCCUUUUUAUCUUAAUAUGUUCAAGGAUUGCGAACGAAGAAAAAUAGCAAAAUUAUUUCGUCACAGGUCAGAUGAGAAGCGAAUUGUUCAUAAAAAUGCAAUGGAGUAAUGUAUUAUAUAUUGUUACGGUUGCUGGUUUGAUAGAAUUCGCUUGGCAAUACACCUCUUGAGUGCUUGUUGAGUACUGAGUAUAUACAUACGUUCUUGGUCCACCAGUGAUGGACAAAGCUGCCAGUCCUAAACCAAAUUUUGCUAUUGAGGUUUACAAACUUUUGAACAUCUUAUACCAGCAAAUUGUUAAACACAGAGUUGAAGAUGCAGUUAUUACUUAACAUCUCCAUGGAGGAAGGCUGGGAGCUGCACUAUUGUUUUACUAAUGGCAAUUUUACUUUCUAUUCUUGCUUCAUUUGGAGGUAAGAGAGUUCAAAUUCAUUUGUACCAUUUCUAUGACAAUAUAAAUUGUGUAAUACUAUGUCUCACAAGCCGAUUGAUAUGAAGUUCAUUUGAAGAAAAUUUUAUGUUCCAUUCUGUAUCUAUUCGAUGCU